AAGAGCGGGAUAGGAGAGAGAGAGAGAAAGGGGAUUCGUGUUUCUUUCCCGGGUCCACAAGCCAAGAAGAGUCCAGCGCGCAGGAGAGACCAAGCCCUCCAUCCUCCAUCCUUUUGGCUCCUGCAAGUUAUGACCAUGACUAGCCAAAAGUGGGACCGCAAAGACGAGAAGAAGCUGCUGAAGCCCCUGAUGGAGAAGAGGCGCAGGGACAGGAUGAAUCAAAGCCUCGACCGGCUCCGGGUCUUGCUUUUCGAAGCCACCCAGGACGAGAGACUUAAAAACCCCAAAGUGGAAAAAGCAGAAAUUUUGCAAAAAACAGUUCAGUUUUUGAAGACGCAGCCUUUAUCAGAGACCAAGCACAAGGAAGAUGCCCUUCUGCAAAGGUACCACAGCGGCUACCGGGAGUGCCUGACCCAAGCCACCCACUUCCUCCGGGCCAGUCCAGGCAUCUGCACGGGGAAAAAGGCCUACCUGAUGGAGCACAUCUGCCACUGCAUGGAGAAGAUCACAGCCAGCCCACGGAGGGAAGUCCACCGGCCCCCACCGGCCGCCCCCACCCCCAGCUACGACCUGCAGCAGCGGUACAGCCCAGAUGUCUUCGCCGGGUGCAGCCCCCCACUCAGUGGGACCCCCUACGUCCUGCACCCACCUUCGUCCACCUACCCAGCCAGCCAAGGACUGCAGGCCCGACUCGGGGGGUCGGCCCAGCAGGGUAGCUGCAGCAGGGCGCAGCAGAACAAACUCUCGGAAACGCGGAACUCCUCGCCGCAGUCCCCGCAGGCGCUGAACGUAUGGAGGCCCUGGCCUUGAAGGGUCCUCUCCCCUCUAAAACCCCCUUGUAAAUUUAUAUUAGAUUCUCUAUAUAUUGUAUAUUAUGGGUUUUAUGUUGUCGAAUGUGUUGUUGUUGUUUUUGGAUGGGGCCUCCCUUUUCUGGGGUGGUGGUAGAUUUCCGCCUCCUCGUAAAUUUAUAUUAUAUUCUCUAUAUAUUGUAUAUUAUGG